GAAAAACCUGGACUAGAAAAAAAAUGGCUGCGCCCAUGAGAGACACGGUUUAUAAAAGUUUUUUGUGUCACAGAAGAAUUUUAAAGCUUGUCAGUCGAAAUUAUAUAGGAGGAUUUCGUCGUGCACCUAUAAAUGUCAUAACUCCAGAACAAGAACGAGAAAAACUAAAUCAAAUGGGAGUAAAAAUCAAAGAUCCGAGAAAAAAUUCUAACGUUAAAUUUUUACCAAACGAUCCUGUGCAAAAGAACUUAUUGAUCUCUAGAAAAUCAAAGCAAGAUAGUACACGUAAUAAAGAUGAUGUGAAUUUCCAUCAACAAAAUACAAAGAUUUACCACACAAAUGGAAUUGGAAUUGAGUACUCAAGAAUUGAAGAAACUGAUACAUCAAAGAAAUUAAAUCAGAUAGUAAUGAAUGCAAACUCUAAAAAACAGAAAGGAAGAAGAUCUGAAGUUUUACUGGAGGGCAGAAGAUUGAUCAUUGAUGCAUUAAAAGCCAAAGCCACUAUGAAAGCACUUUAUUUCAGCAAACUGGAUGUCCUGGACAAAUUUCCAGCAGAAAUGAUUGACUGUCCUGUUUACAAAGUUCCACAUAAAAAUCUUAAGAUAUGGUGUGAAACAGAUACACCACAAGGAAUUUUAGGAAUAUUUGAAAUUCCCAAUGAAGGGGAGACAAUUUCUCCAAGAACUACAGAGUUACCAUUAACUGUGAUAUGUGAUAAUUUGAGAGAUCCAGGAAACAUGGGAACAUUAGUGAGAACUGCUGCUGCUGUGGGCUGUUCUAAGUUUAUCACCCUACCUGGAUGUGUAGAUAUAUGGAAUUCCAAAGUUCUACGAUCAGGUGCUGGAGGACAUUUUAGAGUACCAAUUAUAAACAAUUUGUCCUGGGACAAUGUCAUCAAUUAUAUCCCCAACCAAUCCACUGUUUUUAUCGCUGACACAAGGCGUCCAACAGAUUGGUCAUUAGAUGACAUCACAAAACCAGACUAUGGUGAUAUGGAUGAAGAAUCUCAAGACAAUAGCAACUCAUUAGUAUCUACUGAAGAGGAACUUGGCGAUACUUCUACGUCGAAAAGACAAGAAUUUGAAAUGUACAAUAGACUUCCUCUAAAUGUUUCCCUAUACACAGAAGUUGAUUUCACAUUAGGUGAUCAUACAGUGUUAUUUGUAGGAGGAGAAAUGGGUGGAUUUGGUGUACACGCUCGUAAAAUUACACAUGACAAUGACGGACAGUGUGUUAUGUUACCAAUGGCAACAGGCAUAAACUCCCUAAACUCAUCUGUAACUGCCAGCAUUUUAUUGUAUGAAAUUCAUAAGCAGUAUACAGUAAAAGACAGGAACAAUGAAGGUGUGGAGAAUGAAUUGUCAUAUUAAAGUUUAUU